AUGGAUAAUGAUGUGACAAAGAAGCUCGUACAUCGAUUACAAGAAACUGACUGCUGGAAAUCAGAACUGCAGCAGACAAUACAAGACUUGAUAGCAGAGACAGGUCUUCUUUUGGAGCAAAAGAUUAGGUUGGAGAGAGCAUUAGCAACAACAGAGGUUCCUCUUCAUAUUUCUACAGACUGCCUAAAAUGCCGAGAAAAACGACAAGCAACAGACGAUGUACAAGAUAAUGCUGAGCUUGCUCUGAUAAAGGAAGUAGAAAUGAUUAACAAUGUCCAGGAUCUUUUGAAUAACACUAUUCAGGAAACCAACAUUCAAAUAAGAAAUAAUCGUAGUGCUAAACAGAAGUUGGAAAUGGACUGGAGCGAUAAGUCUGAGGCUCUGAAAAUAGAUGUUGAGUCGGGAGCACUGUCGAAUAGCAGCACACAGGCACGCUUCAAACCAGGAGCAACGGCUUUUCAAAACAUGCAGUCAGAGCCAGAAACGUGGAGCAGCUUCUCUCGUGACAAUGUUGCCCACGCAGAACAGGAGCGACAGGCCUCUCGCCGCCUGCGCGAUGUGAUUGAAAACGUGCUCCGCGAUAUCACCCGGGACUUACUUAAUCAGGCGGAUCAUGUCGGUGUUGUAUUUAGAGAACGCAUCAAUGAGGUUCACACCAGUAUCGUCGAACUAACUAAUCAACUGCAGCAGGUUCUCACGGAGACUGUAAGACAAGAGAAGAACAUCCAGGAGUUGACGCAAGCGAUUAAGGACAAGGAGGCACCCAUGAAGGUUGCGCAAACACGACUAUAUAACCGGACUCGACGACCUGGCAUGGACAAUUGCCGCGAUUUAGCCCACUAUAGAACCAUGGGAGAGGUAUCAAGCAUCAGUGAAUCAAUCAGUGCCCUUGUGGAAAAGCUGCACAGUGUCGAGGAAUCGCUCCGGCGGCUCACGCAGAUGCGCAUGGUACUGGAGAAGGAGAUUGUGGCCAAGCAAAACAGUUGGUUCAUCGACGGCGAAAAAUGUCUCUCAAUACGUCAGCACUUUCCAUCAGCUGACAGACUAAUGGGCUUUAACUAGAUGAUUGAGCACUCUGGGAAAGCAUGUUAGCAUAUUUAUAGCCAUGCAUGAAGAAGAUGAAAAUGGUUGAGAAUUUGUAGCAUAGUGAUUGGUGUUAGGAUCUGUAUGGAGUGGAGACGUGGCUUAAAAUACCGCUUGAGGAAAAAUUCUGGGGUAUGGAUUAGAUCGACUAACUGACAGGCUGCUGCACGUCAAUCAUACCCCGUACAAACUACAAAUUUGAUAUGGCAUCGAACUGGUGCGCGCCAGACGCGCAUAAAAUUUUUGCAGUGUGUACACGCUAUCCCGCUCCAAAUACGCGUUGGCCCGCACCAAUUUGGCCCCGCAAAUUAAGGAGGGCCAGGCCCGCUUUGAACGUGUCUGUAUGCAAUGUGGGGCCAGGCGCGCUUCAGAUUUCACAAUACGCAUGCGCAUGGCCUUAUUUAGGUCACAUAAAAGUACCAUAGCUGUCUGUCGAGUGACGUAACAGGCUAAAUUGUGCAUGCACAGUCAAUCCGUGCCAACUUAGCCCACUUCGGUAUUUUGUGUCUGUAGGCCGUACGCUACGAUUGGGCGCGCACCAGUUUGAUACCAUAUCAAUUUUGCAGUCUGUACGGGGUAUCAGACUGAUGAUAGGUAAGUUUGGGGGAUUAUGUGUGGAUGAAGAUGGGAUGUGUGAGAGGGGUGGGUUAGGUGGGAAUGACUAUGAGGAAGAUAAAAAUGUGAAUAUCUUCAUGACUUGUCUGAUCAUUAGGUCUCGUCACAAUUGUCUUAUUGGGAUUAUACUGUUUGUAUUGCUGUUGCGGAAGUUGUUACAGACAGGUGACAGGUGAACUUUUGUUGUAAUAAUGUUCCUGCCAUUCCAUAUUGUCGGUUGUCCUAGUACACGCGUUGUUUACAUGCAUUAUAUUGUUUGAGUUCUUUGGAGUGUGUAAUUGUCUUUUCAGCAUGUCAUUUAUCAUCAUUAUUGCUGCUCAGCAUCAUAUUUCAAUUAUAGUCUUAUUAUGCAAUAAUCUAUGCAGAUCUAACUUAAUUCUCACGUACAUGCAUCUCACAUGUGCAGAUUCAAUGAUUGGUAAUGCCGGUGCUCCCGUCAUUUUUGCCAAGCAAACGUUUCCUUUUAUAAUGCGUUUACCUUCAAAAAUAGGCGUGAUAUUUUGCAACAAAUUGUCAGAAACAUGGGAAAUUGUAUCUACUCUGUUUCAUGAACCAUUUUCGAGAGUAGGUCCCCCGAACUCCGUCACAAGCCUCACAACCUCGUUGUUUGCAGCCCCCUCUUUAAAUCGUGGAUCUGCCCAUGUCUCCUACAUACCUACUUAAAUUUCUUAACGGUGAGUUGUUGAUCGGACAGAGAGUUGAUGUGUUACUGGGCUAGAUAGAAGUUUCCUUGAAGUUUAUUGUAACUGUCCGGCUACGUUGUCUGCCGUUGAGUGUUGUGGAUUUAAAACUGUUUCAGCAAGAAAUACGCACACAUAGUCUUAUUUACAUUUGUUCUUUAUUCUCUACUGUACAUGGCUGUGGUUGUGUGGUUUUAACUGAAAUUACAAAGAAAAAUACGCCAAGCGUUAAACAUUACGCUAUACCAAGUGUUACAUGCGUAGCAAACAAACCGUUAUAAUAAUUUACCACAAACUAAAGUAUUAACUAUUAUAUGUGUUACUUACAUCGCUGAGAUGUCUGGGUGUCUAUGGAAAUAUCGUUGUCUUAAUAAAGAACAUGUCGAGCACACUGAUACGUGAUUUGCGGUUGUCGCGUGUACCUGCCUGACUGGCUUCUGGCAAGUGCUUAACGCGCAUGCUCGUAAGCCACUCGCUACGCGUCUUCAACAAACUACACUAUUUAGUGGCAGCACCAUACAGUUGCAAUGAAUUUAUAAUAAACUAAAUUCGGCCGUAACAUUCACAUAUUGCAUGGUUAUUUCGUCAUCAUUAUCCAUGCUGUAUAUUUGGUUAAAUACAUGCACCAGUAGGUACAGUCUAUAAACAACAUCGUUUAUAUGUAGUCAGCUCCAAUGACUGUAAUUGAAGCACAUGUCUCGUUUAUAAUGGCAUUCAGAAUUAUUAUGUCUAUUUGCUAUUCAGAUAAACAAAGAUUGAUAUAUGCAUAUAUGCCAUAAUACAUUUCAAAAUAUGUGUUAAAAGUCAUCUUGCAAUUAAAAUAUAUCAUGGUUAUAACAACUUUA